UUCCCCAUUCAUGCUCUGUCUCUCUCUGUCUCAAAAAUAAAUAAACGUUAAAAAAAAUUAAAAAAAAAGAAAAUUGAUGUUAAAGAUUAUUUAACAUACGCAGAGAUAGACCCACUCAAAAUUCAAAAGAAAGAAGUAACCAAAACAUAUGUUCACACCAAAGGCACCAAGCCAAGUGGAUCUACUGGAAAUAAAGGGACAUUACAGUUCAAAUCUUGUAUGUGUGUGAGAGAGCAUCAAAAACAUUUAUGUAAAGGUAACAGAGAAACAGAGAUCCCUUAAUUUAAUAACAUAUUCUCUGCCCAACCAAAAGCUAGAUUACAAAAUAAUUGUUUAUAUUCAAAUUCUAUUUAAGAAAAGCCUGAAAGACACUUUAUAUAAUAAGCCUGGCAAUGGAUACAACUGUUUUUCUUUUUUAAUGUAAUUUUGGAAUCUUCAAAUUUAUAAUGAGAGGAAACUGUUUCACGUACGAAGACUUGAUCAAACACAGAUUUAAAAUAAUGACAUUAUUAGCCAGGAAAAAAAAAACAAGGGGCAAGAGACUUAACAUCCGUAUCAAGCACACGUUUUGAGUUAAUGUAAUUACUUGUUAAAAGGUAAUAUAUCACCCAGCUUGAGCACAGUAUGUUUUCAGGUAAAUAAUCAUCCGAGAAAGCAAGCUCGCAAUCUUCUCCGGGAAGCAGACUUUGAAAAGCUUGAUCUCAACAUGGAUUUACUGUGUACAUGGGAAACAGCCAAAAGAACUCAUAAAGUAUCAAACUCUAUGGGCAGGUCUCACCAAACAGAAGCAAGAUUUUAAACUGCAUUUUAAACGAUGAAUUCUUGCCCAUCCUGCCCCACAUUUCUCAGGGAAAUAAAAGCAGAAGUCCUAAAAAUGGCCAGACGGAAAUAGAGUGUCUGCACAGCUUUGAGUCCAGGGCACUGGAAGGUAAUUUCUGAUUGUGAAGUCCUCUCUUCCUCUCUUUUUCUCUAGAACACUCAAGACUUUACUGAUGAACACUCAGAAGAUAAAGAGUUAUAACAACUAAACUAAGACAUUAAAAGGAAAAUACCAGACGCUACUCCGCAGGUUGCCUUAACUGCCAAUUAAUGGAUACAUUUAAAUCCUCCUGAAUCAACAAAACAACCAGGUAGCUAAGAAGAAACACAAGCCAUGGACAACCUCACCUCUGUGGCUGGGAAUGGCAGCCUGUGCACCAGAGAUUACAAAAUCACCCAGGUCCUCUUUCCGCUCCUCUAUACCGUCCUCUUUUUUGUUGGACUCAUCAUAAACAGCCUGGCAAUGAGGAUUUUCUUUCAAAUCCGCAGUAAAUCCAACUUUAUUAUUUUUCUUAAGAACACAGUCAUUUCUGAUCUUCUCAUGAUUCUGACUUUUCCAUUCAAAAUCCUCAGUGAUACCAAGCUGGGAACAGGACCACUGAGAACCUUUGUAUGCCAAGUGACCUCUGUCAUAUUUUAUUUUACAAUGUACAUUAGUAUUUCAUUCCUGGGACUGAUAACUAUUGAUCGUUACCAGAAAACCACCAGGCCAUUUAAGACAUCCAAUCCCAACAAUCUCUUGGGGGCUAAGAUUCUCUCCGUUGUAAUCUGGGCAUUCAUGUUCUUGAUCUCUUUGCCCAACAUGAUUCUGACCAACAGGAGGCCAAGAGAAAAGAAUGUGAAGAAAUGCUCGUUCCUCAAAUCGGAGUUUGGUCUGGUCUGGCAUGAAAUAGUCAAUUACAUCUGUCAAGUCAUUUUCUGGAUUAAUUUUUUAAUUGUCAUUGUAUGUUAUACACUUAUUACAAAAGAACUAUACAGGUCAUAUGUCAGAACAAGAGGUGUAGGCAAAGUCCCUAGGAAGAAGGUAAACAUCAAAGUUUUCAUUAUCAUUGCUGUGUUUUUUAUAUGUUUUGUUCCUUUCCAUUUUGCCCGCAUUCCCUAUACCCUGAGCCAGACCCGGGAUGUCUUUGACUGCUCUGCUGAAAAUACUCUGUUCUAUGUUAAAGAGAGCACCCUUUGGUUAACUUCCUUAAAUGCAUGCCUGGAUCCAUUCAUCUACUUUUUCCUUUGCAAGUCCUUCAAAAACUCCUUAAUGAGUAUGCUGAAGUGCCCCAAUUCUGCAACAUCUCUAUCUCAAGAAAACAGGAAAAAAGAACAGGAUGGUGGUGACCCAAGUGAAGAGACUCCAAUGUAAACCAAAUGAGGUAAUAUUUCAAUCUGUAAGUGGUUGGAAUACACAAAAGGAAAACACUGUGUAAAAAUACUGGCUAAACAGUAAGCUGAGUCAGUAACAAUGACUCUUUAAACAAGUAGAAAACUACAGAAGUAAUUUUCAUUUACUUUUCCAGUAUGAAAAAGCUAUCUUAAAAUACAGAAAAGAAACCUAACAUAGAGAUAUGGGUAGCAAAACAAACUGUAUCUAAUUACCACGGUUACAAGCCAAACUACAGAGAACUCAUGAUUUGUAGAGUGUUGGCAAAAUGGGUAACCAUAUAAUAUCUACUGUAAUCCUUUAAAUACGUUACUGAGCACAAUGUUAUUAUCAAGUUAUAGUCAACUAAGGGAGAAUGAUAAAUCUGAUAAAAAAAUCUUCUGACCAAAAAUUAUACUAAGAUGUAUAUACAUCCAAGACCGUAACCAAAUGCUCAUCUACUGUGAUACUCAUUAUAAAGAUUUAAGUGGGACACACAAAGAAUAGUUACUACUAACUUCUAAUUAUUAGCAAAAAUCUUAGGAAAUUUAAACUAAUUGAAAUGGUAAUUGGACUGAUUUUUUUAAAUUUUCAUUAAGAAGAUAGAGGUUUAAAAAUACCUUUCCAAUAAAGGAGCAGAAAUAGCAAAGUUAUUAAAAUGGUUACUUUUAUGACAUUCUAAAACCAAAAACUCCUGAGUAUUUCCUUAAUACUAGAGAAACCAGUUUUAUUAAUAUUUUGACAAUUUUACUCAGUACAGUACCACCAUUGCCACUUACCUUUAUUAACUAGCUUCUAGAAAUUAAGUACUACUUGGGUUAAUGAAUAUUUCCUUUAAUGAGAAAAACAAAUGUGAUUAUGUGGUUGCAAAGCAUAACUAGUAACAGAAAAGUAGUUAAAAUGUUUGUAAUUACUGGUUUGUCAUUUGUGUGUAAAAAAAAAUGUAUAUUAAACUCUAAAUCACACUUUGUUGGAAUUUCUUUGUUCAAAGACAUUAGAUACCAUGCCUCACCUCUUACAUACUCCUAUAUCAAACAGCAAACCCACUUAAUAAGGGGUAACUGCCAACACUAUUUUAUGAGACGUUAUUGGGCAGUCUCUUCUGAAGGUAACCUAUCACAUGAAUUAGUCCAUAAGUAAAUGAAAUAAUAGAUCAGAUUGA